CCUGCUUCAGAUUUUGGAUGGAUUUGGGGAGUGGAGUGGAGCAGAACAGAAAUACAGUGGUAUCUCGGUUUACAAACACAAUUGGUUCCGGAAGUCUGUACUUAACCUGAAGCGAACCUUCCCAUUGAAAGUAAUGGAAAGUGGAUUAAUCUGUUCCAGACAGGUCCGCGGAGUACUUAAACUGAAAAUACUCAAACCGAGGUGUACUUGAACCGAGGUAUGACUGUAUACCUUCUGAAGAGCAAUGGGGGGGGGGAAUCCAAUACAUUUCACGUUUAAAGGUGAAUUUACCUAAUUUGCAGAAUUUGAAACAAGAUGUCCAUUGAAAUCCAUGCUUCUCUUAAUUUUGUUCUCCAGCCAAGUAAUGUGUACAUAAAUACAUAUACUAGUGUUAAGUGCACAUAUAAAUACAUAUAAUAGUGAAAAUAACAUACAAAAAUGCAUUUUAUUAGAAAAGGGAAGAGUGGAGCGCAAGGAGUUUUGAAUUAUUAUUAUUUUAAAAAUGCUUUGUGCAUCUGCAUCUAAUCUUGCCCCCUUCUAAAACUUAUUUAUUGGUGUGUUUUUCUUUUUGUAAAUCUACCAAAAAAUAGAAUAGAAUAGAAAAAAAUAAAAUCGGGAUUAAGUGGUGUUCUCAGGGCAGUGGAGGGUGUGUGUGCUGUAUCCCCUUGGUACAGUGGUGGAGGAAAUGCUCUGGGGUGUGUGUGACAAAAUUGUGGGGGUCAAGGCGGGUCAGUUGGAGGGGGUGAGAAAUGUCCCUAUUUUCAUCUGAGGAAUGCUGAAGGGUAUGAAUCAGUAUCUUUGUACUCUGUAAGGUUUCCUUCCGUGUAAAACGUCUGUUGUAGGUACCUUAUAAAAGUAGCCUUGAACACUGCUGGGUUUGGCAGCAAAUUCUCUAGCAAUUUCUUUUCCUCUGAAAAUAAAAAAUGAAACUCCUGACCUGCGUUGUUAACUGAACCCUUUCAGAGCAUUGCCUGGCUUCCGAUGAAUCCCAAGUUUUGUAGCAAAGAAAAAAAGCUUAAUAGCACUUCCUGUCAUCUAUAUUACUCAGUAAUAAUGGUUUGAUUAUAGUUAUUAAGCUGCUGACACCUGGGUAGUGUUAAUUUUCUUUUGUUAAACACCGAUGUGGAAAAACAACAACACUUUUUCAGCUGAAGGGAAUUAUUCAUCAAGAUUCAAGUGGAGCUGUGUCAUUAGGCCUACAUUUACAGCAAUGUAAUGUACAGUGGGACCUUGACUUAUGAGCUACUCGACAUCCGGCAUUUUCGACUUACGAGCUGAAAAAGUGGCUGCGCGCUUAUGAUUUUUCCGACAUCCGAACGGAAAACCCGUUCGCGGCUAGAUGCGGUUUCCUCGACUUACGAAUUUUUAGAUGCGGUUUCCUCGACUUACGAAUUUUUCCAUUUCCAAUGCAUUCCUAUGGGAAACCGCUUUUCCUAUGGGAAACUCGACUUACGAAGUUUUCGACCUACGAGUGUGCAUUCGGAACAGAUUAAAUUCGUAAGUCGAGGUCCCACUGUACUUUGAGGCCAGCUCACUGAUAGGAAUGAAAGCCACCCAUGUAGAGCUGGGAGAGUCUUUUGAUAAUUUGAAUUUCUGCUGGCUGUGGCUGGGGUCGCUGUGACAUUAGAGUGAUGAUACAAAUUUUGAGCUGGAAUUCCUCUUCCUCCCGCCACCACAGUAAUCACGUGGACUAGCAGCUUUUUGCAAGUUAUUAAAACAAAAAAGGGGGCAUGUGAUUCGCUUUUGUUUUCUCUUCUCUUUCUUUGAAAGGUGAUCACACUGCCCCUGGAAGUCCUGUUGACUUUAAUGGAAAUAUAUUGACAUUCUAGCCCCUUUCGCAACUUCUCUUCACAUGAAGUUGUCUUGGAAGAAGGGCGUGAAUAUGCCCACUGACCGCACUUCAUGCACAGAGCCAAGGGUCUGAAAAAGGGUGCUCCUCUGUGCAUACAAUCCUACAUAAGCAUCCAGGUUCGUGUGCUGGAUGUCACCAACAAAGAACAAAUUGAAAAACUGGCCAAGGAAGUGAUGAGAAUUGACGUUCUAUGUAAUAUUGCAGGAUUUGUCAGUACUGGGACCAUUUUGGAAUGUGAGGAAAAAGACUGGGACUUCACUAUGAAUGUCAACGUUCGCAGUAUGUAUCUGAUGAUCAAAACAUUCCUGCCUAAGAUGCUGGCGGAAAAAUCUGGUAAUAUUAUCAACAUGUCUUCUGUGGUAUCUAGUAUCAAAGGAGCUGUUAAGAGGUGUGUCUAUGGUACCUCAAAGGCAGCAGUUAUUGGACUUACCAAAUCCAUAGCUUCUGACUUCAUUGGGGAAGGAAUCAGAUGCAACUGUGUUUGUCCUGGCACUAUUGACACUCCUUCUCUGCAGGAGAGAAUCCAGGGCAGCUCUGAUCCAGAACAGGCACUGAAAGACUUUAUGGCCAGGCAAAAGAUAGGUAGGUUUGGGACAGCUGAAGAAGUAGCCCACCUGUUUGUAUACCUGGCUUCCGAUGAAUCAGCAUUCAUGACUGGCCGGGAGUGCAUCAUUGAUGGGGGCUGGAGCAUGUGACCUGGUGCCUGGAGAUUUCUGUUUGCAAAUGCUGAACUUCAGAGCUUGCAAUGGUUUUAAUGCCUAAAAUGAACAAUUUCAUCAACCGUCUAAUAGGUGCUAAUCCAGUCUUUCUCUACGCAAUGGAUCUAUAUUACAUUUUGUUUCUCAUUUAUCAUGACAUCGUCACUCCAGCUUUUGUGUCCACUUCAAUCAGAUGCAUGUAAUCCUAAAUUGCUAGGUGUGUGCACUCAUGAUGUGCACAUAGUGGGGUGGGGGAGGAUCCAGAGGAGUGAGCUCAGAGGCAAAUAAGGAGCAUAAAGAACAAACACUGCCAACUGCAUAAUGCAAAAAGUUUUAGUGAUGGCAACAAAAGCAUCCUGGCGUUAAUAACAUGAUUAAUACAAGAGAUAGAAUCAAAAACCCUCAUCUCAGUUCUAAGUCACAGAAUUUGAUUUCCGAAUCGAUUGCAAUUCAACAUUCUUAUGCUGGAGCUUCCUUUGAGGAACUAGGUGGCCCUUUCAAUUCCACAAUUACAUACUGUGCCUUUGUUCCAUAAUGGCUACACGCUAUUGCCUUAUAAGUGCCUAAUAAAGUUAAUUCCACUACCAAUUAAAUGUAGUUCUUUUCAGUUUCAUGCAUGUGUGGGUACAACCCUGCUUCCUCUUCUAGAACACAGAGAGCCAUCGGAAUUAAGGAAGGCUAUGGAAAGUGACGUGGGUGGCGCUGUGGGUUAAACCACAGAGCCUAGGGCUUGCCAAUCAGAAGGUCGGCGGUUCGAAUCCCUGUGACGGGGUGAGCUCCCGUUGCUCGUUCCCUGCAGAGGUACCGCUCCGGUGGGAAGGUAAACGGCGUUUCCGUGUGCUCCUCUGGUUUCGCCAGAAGUGGCUUAGUCAUGCUGGUCACAUGACCUGGAAGCUGUACGCUGGCUCCCUCGGCCAAUAAAGCGAGAUGAGCGCCACAACCCCAGAGUCGUCUGCGACUGGACUGGACUUACCUUUAUGGAAAGUGACGGCUAGGAACAGGCUUUUAAUAAUUGCCAGUUGGAAAUCAAAAGGAAGGCUUAAGUUGCUUGCAGUGUCUCUCUUUUCCCUUUUCCUCAAAAGAUACCACAGGCUUACCAUUUACUCAAACUGUAUUUCCCAUCUCACUGUUUGCUAGCUUGUGCCAGAAUUGUGCCCAGGAUUGGUGCAGGGUAAAAGAACUGGGUACAUCUGAUAAACAGUCGCCUUGCUUUAGCAGCAGACCUUAUACUUCAGAGAGGGGGGAGCGUCUUUUUACACAGGGCCACAUGUCCAUAUUUGGCAGAGGCAACAGUGGGAACAGCAGUGAUUGUAAAUUUCAGCUUUGUAUAGAAGGGUGGUUUCCACACGCACACAAACACACCUUUCCAUCAAAGGAAGCAAGAGGCAUUAUCAGUGCUGCAGGACACAUUCCAUCCAGGCAAAAAUACAUGAAGCAAGGCCAGUAGCAGGGGUGCCCUGGGGAGAACCUCACAGGCUAGAGAAGCUUGGAGGGGGCUGCAUUUGAACCCUGGGCCAGUGUAGAAGACUAUAUUUACCGAAGUGGAAGACCACUUCAGCUAUUAAUUUGUUCAACAUCUCAUAACAUGAAACUGUAGGAAGGGGUCCAUCCCAUUGCCACUCGACGAUGGAGCUUUUGUUUCCCAUGCUAUUCCUUUUCACAGAGCUUGCCAACAUUUCUCAACUGGCUUCUUACAAGCCAAUCUAUACCACGUUUGUCAAAUCAUUGCAAUCCUUUUCCAGACCUGCUUUGGGGGCAGUGGAACGCCACUGCAGCAUCAGUGUGGAUAGGCAAAGGUUUUUCAGAGCUCCUCUGACAUUUCAGUAAAUUAAUGUGACACAUUAAGGCUGCAGUGGAGGGGUGUGUGUGCCUGCUGUUUUAUUAAUGGACCGCUAUGUGUAAGAACAAAUAAACAUUAAAACAAAUGCAUCUUCCCUAGCAAGCAAAGCAAACCCUAAUACUCUAGGGCAGGCAUCCCCAAACUUCGGCCCUCCAGAUGUUUUGGACUACAAUUCCCAUCUUCCCCGACCACUGGUCCUGUUAGCUAGGGAUCAUGGGAGUUGUAGGCCAAAACAUCUGGAGGGCCGCAGUUUGGGGAUGCCUGCUCUAGGGUGAAAGGUUCUAACUUAACUUGCCUAAGAAGAGCUCAGGGGGCUCAGGUCACCUGGUCCAGCAUCCUGGUCUCACAGAGGCCAACCAGAUGCCCAUAGGAAACCCACAAGCAAGGCCUAAGUGCAAUACCACCACCCACUUGAUUCCCAGCAACUGGUAGAACCUACUUUGUGUGUACACACUAUACCAUAGGUCAGCAAUGUCCGGCCCAUGGGCCGCCCGUGAACCGAGCCACCUGCUCAGCAAGUCCCCCCCGCGCUGUGGUAAACUGGUGUGGCGUGGGGACUCGCCAAGCGACGCCGGAAAUGGCGCCUGCGCUGACGAUGGAAAUCGCAUCUGCGCAGCCGCAGAAGCGAUUUCCGGCACUGCGGACAUGCGCAGAAGCCAUUUCCGGUGUUCUGGACAUGGGCGGCACGUCACUGGAAAUCGCUUCUGCACAUGGGCGGCCCAUGUCCAGCCCACAGA